CUCGGAAAGAGCUCCUGGGCUGCCGGAGCCGUUGGGACAGGCCCGCCCGGGGGCCAGUGCGCGCCGCCCCGCCGGGACCCCGCCCCGACCGGCGGCCCCGCCCCCAGUCCAGGCGGCAGCGGUGGGUCGGGUUUGCGGCGGCGCGGCGCGAGAGUGACCGCGCCGACCCCGGGCCCGAGGCCGCCCGGAAACACGCGGAGCCUGGGGCCGGCGCGGUGGGCGGCGGCGGCCCUGGGCGACCUCGCGCGGACCCCCGUGCGCUCCCGGCCGUUCCCCGCGCCUCGCAGAGAAAACUCCGCUUCUCUCACCAUGAGUGUGGACAUCCACUACGAGCAGCUGAGCGACGCCCGGUGGAAGGAGCUCCUGCCUCUGAUGCGGCAGCAGCAGGUGGUCAGGCUCAUUGACUGUGGCGUCACAGAGGCGCGCUGCCAGGACAUCAACUCUGCGCUCCGAGGCAACCCCGCCCUGACGGAGCUGGACCUCUGCAACAACGAGCUGGGGGACGGGGGCCUGCGCAUGCUCCUGCAGGGUCUGCACGGGCCUGCCUGCAAGGUCCAGACACUCAACCUCCAGAACUGCUGCCUGACGGAGGCUGCCUGCGGGACCCUGCCUGACGUGCUGCGCGCUCUGCCCACCCUGCGCGAGCUGUACCUCAGUUACAACCCGCUGGGGGACGCGGGCCUGCAGCUCCUCUGCAAAGGGCUCCUGGACCCCCAGUGCCACAUCGAGAAGCUGCAGGUGGAGUACUGCAACCUGACGGCCGCCAGCUGCGAGGCCCUGGCCGAGGUGCUCAGGACCAAGCGGGACUUGAAGGAACUGAUGGUGAACAGCAAUGAGCUGGGCGAGGCCGGCGUGCGGGCCCUGUGCCAGGGCCUGGCCGACUCCACCUGCCCGCUGGAGUCGCUCAAGCUGGAGAGCUGUGGCCUCACAUCGGCCAACGGCCAGGACCUGUGCGGCAUCGUGGCCUCCAAGGCCUCGCUCUGCGAGCUGUAUCUGGGCAACAACAAGCUGGGCGACACGGGCAUCGCGGAGCUGUGCCCUGGGCUGCUGAGCCCCAGCUCCCAGCUCAAGACCCUGUGGCUCUGGGAGUGUGACAUCACGGCCAGUGGCUGCAGAGACCUCUGCCGCGUCCUCAGGGCCAAGGAAAGCCUGAAGGAGCUCAGUGUGGCCGGGAACGAGAUGGGGGACGAGGGCGCCCAGGUGCUGUGUGACACCCUGCUGGAGCCCAGCUGCCGGCUGCAGUCCCUGUGGGUGAAGUCCUGCAGCUUCACGGCCGCCUGCUGCCAGCACUUCAGCACCGUGCUGGCCCAGAACACGAGUCUCCUGGAACUGCAGCUGGGCAGCAACAGUCUGGGGGACGCGGGCGUGCAGGAGCUGUGCCACGGCCUGAGCCAGCCCGGUGCCGCACUGCAGGAGCUCUGGCUGGGGGACUGCGAGAUGACCAACAGCGGCUGCAGCAGUCUUGCCGCUCUCCUGCUGACCAACCACAGCCUGCGCCAGCUGGACCUCAGCAACAACUGUAUGAGCGACCCAGGCGUCCUGCAGCUGGCCGAGAGCCUCCAGCACCCCAGCUGCACCCUGGAAAAGCUGGUCCUGUUCGACAUCUACGUGUCGGAGCACACGGAUGACCGCCUGCGGGCCCUGGAGGAGAGCAAACCUGGCCUGAAGAUCGUCUACUGAGGCCGCCCCCUGGCUCCCGAAACCUGCUUGGCCCUGUCCUCACCCCAUGGGGGGUCAGCCAGCCCCCCGGGGCGCGCGCUCCACGGUCUUAGCUUUGACUGAAGAGAAUUGCUCUGAUUAGCUGACUUCUGUGAGAAAAUUUUGGACACAUUUUAAUUAUUAAAGCACUUUUUGGGCAGGA